AUGCGCCAUUCGAGGACCCAGAGCCGCAUGGGCGAGGCCGCCAGUCGUGCCAGCGACGACGACGGUGCGCGAACGGCGGUCAAAGUCGCCGUCCGCGUGCGACCUCCCCUCAAACCCACCGACCCCGGCUUCGACCUCAUCCCGCAGCGAUUCCGCGAAAGCACAUGCGAAGUAUCCACGCCCACCAGCCUAUCGGUUCAGUCGCCGCAGGGGAAGAAGCUCUUCGUCUUCGAUCGCGUCUUCGAUGAGCAAACCACGCAGGAGGGCAUCUGGGAGUACGUGAGCGACAGCGUGUCGUCAUUCGUAAAAGGAUACAAUGUCUCCAUCCUCGCAUACGGCCAGUCUGGUGCCGGCAAGUCCUACAGCAUGGGUACCUCUGGCCCUGAAGACCAAGGCGAUCCCAACGUCCGUGGUAUCGUCCCACGAGCCGCACACGCACUCUUUGAGAGACUCAAUGGAUCCACCGCGAAACCCUCCGCCCUCCAAACACCAAAGCGAUAUUCGACGCAGGGAUUACCGACGCUGGGGAGUCUAGCAAGAGGUUCGGGGGCACCAAAGAACUGGGAAUUGAAGGCGACAUAUGUCGAGAUCUACAAUGAACAGCUGCGAGAUCUGCUCAUACCAGAGUCAGCAAAUCCACAAGAGCGUGCACAAGUUGCCAUCCGCGAGGACACCAAGGGUCGAAUCAUCCUAACCGGCUUGACUCAAGUACCCAUCAACUCGGCGGAGGAUAUCUUGAAUGCCCUGAACUUUGGAUCGUCCAUCAGACAGACAGAUGCUACAGCAAUCAACGCUCGGUCAUCGCGAUCACACGCUGUCUUCAGCUUAAACUUGAUCCAGAAGAGGACUGACGGCGCACCGCCAACACCUACACCGAAGCUAGAAAAACGCCGAUCGAUGCCAGUUGAGCAUGUGACUGGUGCUGAGAGUGUCGUCACGCUUGACAGCAAGCUACACUUUGUCGACUUGGCUGGUAGCGAACGUUUGAAGAACACUGGGGCAACGGGCGAUCGAGCCAAAGAAGGCAUCUCCAUCAACGCUGGUCUUGCAAGUCUCGGCAAGGUCAUCUCACAGUUAUCCUCGAAGCACGGCAGCGGUCAUAUCUCGUAUCGCGAUUCCAGGUUGACUCGAUUGCUGCAAGACUCACUCGGUGGUAACGCUAUCACCUUCAUGUUGGCCUGCGUAACUCCCGCAGUCUUUCAUCUCAGCGAGACCCUCAACACUGUCCACUACGCCCAGAGAGCACGAGCUAUCCAAAGCAAGCCCGAGAUCCAGCAAAGCCAUGAAGAUGGUGACAAGCAGGCCGCGAUCGAUAGGUUACGGGCUGAAGUUAGCUUCUUGCGCGACCAGAUUAGGCAUUCAGAGCGCAAUGGCACCAACAGUAUGGACAAGAGCAUCAGCGACAGGUAUCGAGGCAAGGAGAACAACGAAUUGCAGUCACAGCUGUUGGAUAUGCAGGAGAACUAUAAUGCUCUCAGCCAGCGCCAUGCCAAGCUCAUCGCAGAGAUCUCCAAGAGCAGGGACAGUGAAGGCGCUGACACGCCAUUGCUUAACGAGGCUAUCGGGGAGAAUGCGAGCGAGCGAAUCAAGAGGUCCAACUCGUUCGCAGAGGCUGUCGAACACGUCGUGCUCGAAUAUGAGAAGACCAUCCAAAGCCUAGAGACUUCGCUGUCGAAGACGAGAUCAUCGCUGGCCAGCACCGAGAGUACUUUACUCGAGAAGGAGACCCGUAUCGCCUACAUGGACACGAUCCAGCAACAACUGCAGUCCAGGGUUGGCAAGUACAUGGAACGCGAGGCAAAUUACGACUCUUACACCCGGGAUCUUGAAGGCAAGAUGGAAGGUGCGACCGACGAAGAAGAGCUCAAGGAUACUCUGAUCACCGAGCUGCGCAAAGAGAUUGCUCGAGUUCGUGAAAGCGAAGCUGGCGCCGAAGAUUACAUUUCAACGUUGGAAGAGCGCCUUGCAGAGGCAGAGCAAGAUCAAGAGAUCAUGCAACGAGAGAUCGAUCGCCUUGAGCACGUCGUUGAGCGCCAGCGCAGCAUUGGCAGACUGGACAACCUCCUUGGCGAACUUGAUAGCGCACGUGGUGUUGAGCCCAAAACGAACGGUGUACGAUCUCAUUCGCGCUCGUCCAGUCCAGGAGUAAACGGCGACGACUAUGAUCCCUUCAGACCUUCAACACCCAAUGUCGAAGACGAUUUCGAGAAGGUUGAGCGAGAGGACUCAGACGCUGGAGAUGACAGCAAAGCCGUCUCCGCGGUCGAUGCACCUCGCAGUCCCGCACAGACUGACUACAUGGCGGAGAAGUUGGAGAACCUGACGCAAGAGUUCUUCGACUUGCGAUCUGAACAUGAAACCGUUCUCACCGAUUACGACAACCUCCAGCAGAAGUAUCGUACCGCGCUUGAGACUCUCGCAAAGCUAGAGUACGGAAAAGACACAGUCAAACCACCAGCCGAUGCCCAGAGCGAUGGGGACUCUUUUUUAGCGAGCGCGGGGAUGAAGGAAGAGGAGAGAGAGGAAAAGGCUUCAGAAGAGCAGCCUUCAUCCUCGCUGUCAUUAUCACAGGAGCUCUCCUCGCAGGAGCAGUCGAAUACUGGCGCAGAAACAGACCCCGAGAAGGGUUCGGACAGUGAACGCACGACAAGUGGUUUCCAAAGUCCAAGUCAAGACAUCGACCCAAGUCAAGUGCCCUUACCAGGCGAGCAUGAGGAUCUGUUGCAGGAGAUGGAGACUUUGCGGAAGCUACAUGCCGAGAAGGAAGUUUCUGUGGCUGAGUUGACAAAGAACUAUAUGAGCCUCGCCCAGCGACACGAGAACACCCUUUCUCAGGUCGAGGAGCUCAAGAAGGAGGUGCAGAAUGCGCAGACCAACCGACCGGCAUCACCAAGUCUCGUAUCUCCAGGCUUUUCGAAGCAUGGCUGGAGGAGAAAGUCCGACGAGAUCCUCAACUACAGCUCUGAUCGCGCAUCUCGCUCCUACGUGUCGAUGAAGACGCUGGUGCUGAACAACUUUGAAGAGCAAGGCCAUGUUCGACAAAGCUUCGAGCAGCACUUGAGCACCGUCAUGGCUGAACUGCACUCUCGCUCUGAGAGAGUCACCUCGCUGGAAGCCGAGCUCGCCACUGUCAAGAAGGAAAUGGAGAACAAGCAGCAGAUCAUUGCUGGUCUCACCCGAGAGCGCUCCAGUUUGGCAGCUGCAUCUGCGUCUGGUGUUGACUUUUCUGUUGUGGGUCAAAUGCGUGACCAGCUCAUGGAAAGCGAAAACCAAAUUCGGGCUCUUCAUGAGCAGCAUCAAGUGCGAGAGAGUGAGCUCUCUGAGCAGAUCGAACAACUCAAGGCCACACUUGCCGAGCACCAGAAAUUGAUCGCCAACCAGAACGAUCAGCUGCCUACCCCAAGCGAAGACGCCAUGUUCUCGCAAGUUCCCGGCACGUUCCCAGAGACUCCUGCGGUCGAUGCCAGUCGUGAGCUUUCCGGUCUUCAAGCAACUGGUGGUGCUAGCAAUCGCUUCUCUCGUUUGAUGCAGAAGGAAGAAGUGAUCAAGCUUCAGCAAGAGGUCACGGCUUGGGAGCACAAGCACCACGAGGCCAUGGAUACUAUGAGUGCCUCACAAGCGAACCUGCUCAACACCAUCUCUGACCUUCAAGACUCCCUUCGCAAAGCCGAGAAGAGUGGACUCCCUUCGUCUGCUGGAGCAUUCACUGAGUCAGAUCUCGAAGACGAGCGUGCUAAGCACCGGGAGAUUGUGGAAACACUCACUACACAGGUGCUUGAGCAUAAGAAGAUUGCCGACGAGCGUGUGACGAGGCUUGAGCAGCUGCAACAAGCCUAUGCCAAUAUCAUUGAGCAAGUUGACGACGAGUCGGAGUCUCACAACCUCACCCACAAAGAGCUGCAGACACACAGAGAUCUUGUUGCAAAUCUGGAGAACCAACUGCAGGUGCACAAGUCGGCGAUCACCAUUCAUCAAGAGAGCUUAGAGACCUUGCAGGUUUCGCACUCGAGGGAGAUUGACGAGAUGACGGCUUCUAUGAAGAAGCUUGAGGAAGACACCACUCUCAAGUACGCCGCGCUUCACGAACAACAUCAAAAGGUCACUUCAGACUUGGAGAAACAGUUGGUGGAUGUGCAGGCUGAGAAAUCAGACCUCUUGCGCAACGCAUCUUCUGCUCUCGGCUACGAGACUGAUGGCGCGCGGCUACAGACCCAGAUUCAAGGUCUGGUGGAAGAGGGCAAAGAGCUUCACGGCCGUCAUCUCAAGAGCACCAACGAGCUCAAGGCCGUGCAAGAGGAGCUACAGAGUGCCAUCAACCGGUCCGUUGACAUGGAGCAGCAGAUCGGCCAGCUCAAGAUGAUCGCCGAAGAGCGAGACGUUAAGCUGGACAAGAUGACUGACAAGUACAACAAGGCAUCUGCCCUUGUUGAGGAGCUUGAACAGCAGCUGAACAACACAUUCGACUCGCAUCAAGAGACGAACAAGCGUUUGUCGACGAUGCAGUCUGAGACGGUGCAUGCUCGCAUCGAGCUUGAGCGUGAGUUGGAAGAGCAGAAGGCGAAGGCGAUUCAACUCGAGCAACAACUCAACGCUUACAAGCACAUGUCGCUUGCGUCAAACUCGACUGCUCGUGAGUCGCUAUCGCCAGAUGCCGCCGCCCAAGCACUGGGCAGAUCUGGGUCAGGCUUGUCAAACCAACGCAAGUCUGGCCCAACUGGACUUCCGACUCCACCACCUUCAAUACCUCUUCCACCACUUCCUGGUUCUCCAGCAUCCGGCACUCCACCGGUGAAUGGAUUCGACAGGACGACGUCGCCAACCCCGCGUGGCGCUUCGCCAGUGCCGACGACGAACUCACCUCCAGCUUCAAGGCAUACUUCGCAUGAAGUCAGCCCAAGCCCGGCAGUGUCGCAGAUCAUCGAGGAGCAGGAAGCCCGCAUCCGCACCAUUGAGAAACAUCUCUUUGCGGAGAAACAGCUCACUGCCACGCUUGAAGAGGCUCUCGUCGAUCUUGAGACUUCAGCGAACCGCACCAAGUCCGAGAUGGAGAACUGGCGCAUGAAGUCCCAGACGCUCGAAGACGAGCUCGUGGGCCUGCGCAAGGAGCGUAGUAGCUCUCGCGCCAGUCUGCAAGCCGUCGAGGAGGAGCGCGAGAUGCGAGUCCGCGCCGAGCGCGCCCGACGGGCCCUCGAACAACGCAUGGCCGAGCUCAACGCCAACAAGAAAAAGAAGAAGAGCGGGCUGAACUGCUUCUAG